GUUCGGGGAAUUGACUGAGGCCUUUUAAAAGAACAAAACAAUAUAUCUGUGACCUUUUUUUAAAGAUUUAAAGCCUCGUAGGAAAAAAAAAAAGGCUGGGGAAGGAGUGUGUCAUAGAAAGUGCAGACGUCAGAGAGCAAUAGAGGAUGGGAUGGGUUAGUUUGGAGUUUUUGAAGUAGGUUUUGUUAGAAAUACAUAGAAAAGAAGACCAAACUUAUCAUAAAAGGUGUUCAGUACAAUGUGCAUGGAGAUCUGUAUCUAGUGUCUGAUUCAUAAAGAAAGUUUGAAAAUUCAGUUUUAACCAGAAAAUCUAGACAUUCUUUGAAAUAUGUUAUUUUGCCCUGCAGAUGUGAUUGUCCUACCAGGAUCCCUCUAUGAGGACAUUGGCGUCCACUAUGUGAAUGAGCAUUAGGGGAAGCCUCUGGUUUAACACCUUCAGAGCUGCGCAUGUUAGAUUCAUAUAGACAGAGCGGCCCUUGGGGGGUUUCUAUGCAUUACUGACAGCAUUGCUUCACAUGUUCUCAUGCAGGCUGCACACACACUCACAUAUCGCAUGCAAACCAUAGGAAUAGUUCAGGAAAGCCAGCUGCCUUACAUUGAAUUUUUCAGAAGGCGAUUAUUUCUAGAGCUUGAGAGGAUAAUUUUAUACAAACUGCUUGUGUAAUGUUGAAACAGUCGUCAACACAUAUUAAAAAUAGCUUCUUUUAAGGAUACUUCAACAUCAGGUCAGCCAGAGGGGUAACUGGCCAGUAGCUUUCAACCGACACAAGUAAUGAGCCUGUGAGCCUCAGGCUGUCAUCGCUAAACAUUUUAUAUAUUUAAUGACUUAUUUUCUUGCUGUUUGGUUGGAUGAAAACUUUGUGUGGCUCUGUGGUAAACUGUUGAAGAAGAAACGCCAUUUCUUUGAAACGUACCACGUCUUUAUUUCUCUUAAGAUAUAAGGCCAAGCUCUUACUUUUAUCAGAGAAGUGUUCUCAUAACAGGUUAUAUCACUGGGCUAUAAACCAGAAGGACACCUGAGCACUGAGGUCAGGUGUUGGUCUGAGACUGGGGCCCUGCGAUCUGUUGCUACCUGUUCAUGCUGGUUUAAAAAGUCUGAGUGACCUUGUUUUUUAAAAUGAGAGAACCAAAGUCGAGCUGCAAACCGGAAGUAUUAGGAAAAACACAGGGUCCAAUCCCUGAGGGAUGGCUGUGUAAUUAUUUAGGAAGGGGACAAUUCAGGGAGGAGCGCUUGUCCCGCUUUGUAGCAGAUCAAAUUUUGAAAAAGCAAUUAAAAGAGCUUGCUCUGCAGAGCGUGCUCAUAAAAAAAAGCAUUUUCCACUUUAUCCAAUUAAAUCCAAACCUGUUUGGUUUGGACUUUCCACCUGCAUAAACGGCAGAGUAGUCGUCAGCAUCCCAGUCCCCUCAUUGAAUUUUUUUUUCUAUCUAAUCUGGUCUAAUUGUCUUGCUCUAAUGGAGGGAACAAAGGCACUGCGUUUUAAGCCCGCAGUCUCUUCCGGUGUGGCGUCACAGCCGAGGAUUUCUCAGUAGAAAGAUUGAUUUGAAAAUGAGGUGACAUGAGUUGACCACAAGCAGGACUCACUUUCUCAUCUGGCGGUAUUUGCUAUUUGUGGCAGCCAACAUGUGUUUGUCAUGAUGGGACUUGACAUCUCCUCCAAGGGGGCAAAAGGAGCGACUAAGUGGACAGAGUAGAAAUUAUGUGAGAGCCGCUGAGAAUGACACUCUGACCCUCUACAGAUAAAAUGUUCAAUUUGAGAGAUUGGCGAUAUUUUGAAGAAGAAUCCACCAUUACUGCUUUACUCAAUCAAAUCUCUUCCCUUGCUCUCAAAUUUUGAGUGUUUUGAGUGUAAAUAAAAAGUCACCUUGACCUCUGCAUGGAUUGCACGUCCAGAGUUUUUUCUCAGGGUGCUUGUCUUUGGGGAGUGGAUUUACUGUUACAGAUUAAUGGACGGAGUUUCACUGCGUUCUGAGCAACAACAGCUCCAGGAAUAAGUGGAGUUUACUUAAGUGGAAAACUGUCACUCAUCAUUCAUCCUUUACCAGUAAUUCCACAGAUAUUCGCUCCAUACAUGAAUGAUUUAUCAGUUGUACAAAAACUUACUGAUGUCUGAAACAAACAACAGAGAUUCCACUUCUAUCAUCAAACAGUUUAAUAAUAUGCUAAUGGCUGGUGUAAUGAUGGAUUUAGCCCUCACCAUGGAAGCCUGGAUUGUUUGUGUGUCCCCUAGGAGUGAGGUGGCAAAAGUGGUGAUGUAUAUAAAAGUACAGCAGCAAUGAAUCACAGAGAGAUGGUGCAACCUCUUCCUGUUUGAGGUUGGCUGUAGAUGCAUGUUUACUGAGCUAAACUGAAGCGUUGGAGUCAUCAGUGUGGUCCUGAAUAAGUGUUGUAUCAGUAGCAAUUUGUCCUUAUUUUCAGUAUUUUUAUGCUCUUUAUUAUUGGUCAUUUUGCACUGUAGUUUAAAAAGUGGUUUUGAAGGGAAAUCUGUAGUUUAAAAAGAAAUAUUCCAACAUUGAAAAGCACAUUGAAAUCAAACUCUGAAAACGAGAUCUGACUGAGAGCAAAGACAAAAGCAUAAACGAAGCCUUUUUCUUCAAACUAUUUCCCUCUUAGACUCCAAGAACUUCCGCAAUUAUUUCCAACUUCUCCCUGGUCUAAGUGAAAAUGCCAGCAGGUGUGGCACCUAUAUGGCUAUUCUGAAAGCGCAGUGGUAGACGCUCGUGCACGCGCGCGCACACUCACAUAUGACUCAUCCCAUCUAAACUCAAGCACUUUGUCAGAGGCGUCCAUUCACGUUACACCCAUGCAAGAACGCGCAGACUCAAUCCCGGCUUGGAGCGCGACACUUAUUGUGAGGUUGGCUAUAUAAGCCCAUUCAGCAUCUACUCUUAAAGUAACUAUAUACUAGUUUGCUCAAAGAAGUGAAGGAGGGCGGCAUCUCGCCAACUGAUACCUGGCAACCUACACGGCUGUGCUGGACAUCCUGUAGAGACUGAAGGUAAUAAAAGCUUCUUUUAUUUCAUCCUUUUUACUUCUUCCUCUUUUCUUUGGCGCAAUUUAAUGCAAAUAAAUCUGUUUUGAUAACUUUACUCGAAGAUGGGUGGAAGUUGAUUUUCUGUGUUUAAAACUUAUCUAACAGAACUGGCAACAAGCAUAGAUAGCAGAGAAAAUAUUCAAGCCUUCAGUGUUUAUCUAUCACUGAACCGAAAACUGUAUCUAUCUUUUACGCAUGACAUACACCACAUGGAAUGUCUGUAUUUCGUGCGUAAAUUCCUCUUUACGCAGCAGGUUUUGCAAUUGAACAGAGAUUAUAAAAACUGUAGAGUGAAAAUGAUUCAUGUUUUUUUUCCCGUCAGAUUCCUGCCGAUAUCCUGACAUGAAGCUCAAUUUACUUGGAACCACCGUGAUUCUGCUAGUUGCCUUCUUACCCCGCUUCGAAUGUCGGGCAAUUGAGAGCCCUGGCGGUGCCCUGCGCGUCCCAGCUCCCCAAACCCAAAACUCCCAGCAGCAGCAGCAGCAGCAGUCUGGUCCCAUUCUGGAGCGUCUAGGAGAGGAGUAUUUCAUCCGACUGGGUAACGGGGACUCUAACUCUUUCCCGUCCUCGUCAAUGUAUCCCGGUGCAUCACCUUCCCUCUACAACAGAGCGCUGCAACUCCAGCAGCUGACGCGGCGUCUUUUACAAGGGAAAGUUGGGAACAUCAGGGCGCUCAUAAGCGGCUUCGGAGACCACGGGGACGAGUCAAUGGAGAGAGGAAGGAGGUCCGAGGACCCGCCGAUAUCCCUGGAUCUGACCUUCCACCUGCUCCGGGAGAUGAUGGAGAUGUCCAAGGCGGAACAGCUGGCCCAGCAGGCGCAAAAUAACAGACGAAUGAUGGAGCUCUUCGGAAAAUGAGUUUCCUCACCGCCAAAGAUUUCACUUUACUUUUUUUUUCUUCUCCUUUUUUAUUUCUUUUUUUCAUUUGUACCAUCGGCACAAACGCGCUCUGUACAAUAUAGUGCUGCUUUAUCACUCAAUUAUUUAUCGAUUGAACCUCAAACGAUGGAGCGUAAACGGGCUUUACUUAAAAUGAUCCGAUUGUACCUUGGCAUUUUAAUGUUGGUGUCAGUCUGUGGUACGCACCGUUCCUCAAAUUCGAGAUACCUUUGGAUGAGACAUGAAGCAUUGCAAUGACAAAACUGGCAUUUUGUUUUAGAUUAUGAAUCACUGUAUUUAUGAUAUUUAUGUUUGUUAAUAAACUUAAGUGCAACCAGUCAUUUUCUGUUGUGCAAGAGAACGUCUUAUAUCUAUAUUUUUAAUAAAAACUUAAAGCAACACUGACACUUCUCUGUGGAUAUCCUUACAUGAAUUAAUAACUUCUAUGAAACUAACUAUUCCAAUCUUCUCUAAUUGCUAACACAAUAAACGCACACUUACUGUUUCACCACAGAUUUGUAAUCUUAAAUCAGAGAAAAAUAAAGAGGGUUUUUCUUGUACAAGGUAAGAAUGCAAACACUUAAAAGAGCACAAAUGGCCACUGCAUCUUGAGUCUUGCCUACACAAAUAUUGAUUGAUAGAGAAAAGUUUUUCUUACUGAAUAUAAAAAUCUUUAUGGUGUAACCAUGGCAUUGCUUUAGUGCCAAGUCGUGGGUUUACACCGUGCCUCCCCCCUAAAACACACAGCAGAAGGAGCUGUAACAACAAAAAAGAUGUUUCUGUUGUAAGAGCGCCUGCAGUUGCGCAGGUGGAGAACAUCCAAACUGCAUCCAUCCUCUCUGCUAAACCCUUAAUCCUCAAGAAGUGAUUCCUUUGUAGCAGCAAGACACAAACAACACUCCACUGAAAGAUGCACCACUGAUUGCUAAUGAGUGUGAAAGAUGUGUGUGUUUGUGUGUGUGUUUGCUGAUCCUUGACCCUCGGUGUCAGAGUAAAACUACACAAGAGCUGUGGCUGUGAGUCAUCCUGUUCUGUUUGGCCCACUUAGCAACUUGGGGCUUAGUGCUGCUUUGAGCCCAUUUGUAAAAGAUCUCGCUCUCCCGUGCAAUAAUUAGAUGGUACUCAGAGACGGACUUCCUCAAUAAUAGGGACACAGUGAGGUGAAGAGAGCCAGUGUUUGACCGACAGUAAGAGGCAUGUUCAGAUCUGGGGGGAGAAUUAUCUCAUAUCUGACAGAAAAAGCUUUAAAAUGACAUAUAUGGAUUUACUUUAUAGAAAUAAAUGAAAAAGAGUGUGAGGAGGAGAUAAAGGGAAGGGGUAGAAAGCAUGUCUUAAUCCUCUACACAUGUGUGCACGGACACACAAAUAGGAGAAAUGUCACACAAAAUCUAUACCAGCAAGGAUGUGUCCAGACUCCCUCUACAGGGGUCGGCCAUAGACGGGAACUGAUUCAUGCAAAGGUGACAUAAAGUAUGAUGCACCCACAGACACGUGCAUAUUAAUUGCAUUAAUUUAUCCUUUUUUUUCAUCUCCACUAAUCAUCAACUUUAACUACUAAUAAUCAGACAUCACACAGAUUUAUACCAGUAUUUCAAUUCGUUUAGCUUGAUGAGGUAACACAACAAACUUGCAAAUCUAGACUUGAGAAAUUCGAUGGACUGGUGUCUCUCCCGCACCUCAGUCUUGUUAAAGCUCCCGUGAAACUUUGUCAUCAUUUCUGAAUGUCUGAAAUACAUAAUGAUGCAUUUUAUAAUGUAUUAAAGUAAACAACACAAUUUGCAGCAAGACUGAUCGUUUUUGUAUCUUCAUUUUUGAUGCCUCAAACUAAUGCGGGUCGGUAGAUGCCAGCAGAGCAAAAACAGAAACAGCUCUGUUUUAUCAAUUAACACACAGCAUAUAUUAACACCAAUUAAUUCUAUAUUUGGCUGUUAAAAGUCAGCAUCAAAAAUCACCAUUUAGAGGACAACAGAGGACAAGAUUGUUUUGUUCACAGGGGGUGUGAAAAGUGACAAAAACUAAAGUUCCUCACAGGAGUUUCCAAUAAAUGCUCAAGGGUUUUUCUACGGUUCAAAGAUCUAACAAAAAUGUGUUAUGAUUCAAUGGAAAGCACCAGCAGCCUGUCACGACAAAGCCGGAGUGGAACAAGGCAAAUGGCCAAUACUAUUUCAAGAUUUUAGGGUUGAAUCUAACACAGCCAAUCAGAUAUAAAAAGUGGACCCAUGCCAUCCCUGACCACCUUUCAGACAAGCACCUGCAGCUCAUGACCCCACUGUGUUUUUCAGUUUCAGCUAUUUAAAAAAAAAUCAUGUCAGUACUUGUGCAAAUCUGUUUUAAUGACCCAUAUUACAAAACAUACCAUAGUAGGGGAAAAACGUGAUCUUUUGUCCAUUAUAGGAAAAUACACCUGCAUUACACAACAAAGAAAAUGGCACAUAAUGAAAACUGAUGAAUACAUGAAUAUAUAAAAUGUCACUGUGAUAGUUUAGUACUCGGCUGCCCUCCUCAUAAUGUUAUAUUGGUCAUAAAAAAGUAUACGACAGGCAGGAAAACCUUGUAAUGAUGUUAAUGAUGUAGUUUAAGCAGUGAUUUGUGAAAGGUCAGUUCGAUAAAAAAUGUAUGAACAUAUGUGAAAAUAUGCUUUGGACAUUCUGCUAACAUUAAAUGUGACAAACAAAAAUGGAAAACAAAAUUUGUAACCUGCCCAAAAAAAAAAAGAGAGAGAGACUCUUUGGUAGGCGGUGACGCAAACUAACACAAUCUCAAUAAAAGCGGCAGAAGAGAAGUGAAAUUUCUGCCUCUUUCUUUAGAUAUACCUCAGCAACUCAAACUUUCCCUUCGGCACAGAUCUAAAUCUGUCUCAGUGCUUCCCCGAUCUGGGAGCAGACGUGUCACAACUGACCUGAAAUCAACAUCUAGUCGGCGCGAAACUUAUCCUGCUCAAGUUAAGGUUCAGUCUGGGCGGGUGGAUGACAGCUAGGUCGAGGCUGUGCUCUUGGCUGUGCUGGGGGAGGAGUUGGUCUGCUGGGGGGCAGAAGGUUGGACAGAGGUGGAUGCAACAGCACUGCCUCCUGCAACAGUAUGCGCUCCCUCUGCUUCCUCUGUGCCUGCUUCACCAUCCUCAUCCUCUUCAUCCUCGUCGUCAUCAUCUGUAGAAAAACAGAAACGGAAAUGACAGUUAGGAUCCCGAUGAGACGGAAGUAGAACAAAUGUUCCCAUCACCGACAGCGUUCUGUCACCAUGGAUGAAGUUGAUGCUGCACAAGGCCUUUCUCUCCUUCUUGAAGUUGGUGUUGUAAUGAUCCAUAUUCUCAUAACCACGCUCAACUUUGUCCAAGUGUGAAAUACUUGAGGCGUCUGCAAUCCUGGGAACGGAAGAGAAGCUCUUAUAUUGAUCGGAAAAAACAACAAUGUUAGGCAAUGUAACACAUGAUAAACACGCCAUCAGUCUGUGACACCGAGCACAUUACACACCUGAAGACAUUCAUUCAGUUUUAUAAAGUUAUUUCUGACAGCUUCCACAGAGUAGAUGUGAUUUUUGUUUUAGUUCACUUCAUGGUUGCAGGUCCAAAUGUGCACAAUCAUACGCAAGAGUAGACACAGCAAGAGGACAGUUUUUGAAAUAAACUGUAUUUCUACUUAAAUUCAUCAGUUUAGGUCGUUAAGUGAUACGUCACAAUGUGUACUCACUUUUUGAGGAGAGGCUUUGUGUUCUGAAAAAGACAAAAAAAAACAAUCAUGUUUGUUGUAAUCGCUAUAAUUUCAAUAACUUUAACAGGUUCAAUAAUUUUGGGCCAAUCAAACCAUUAGCUGAUACUGUUAUUCAUUAAUCAAUUACUUUUUUUUUUUUUGAGUAUGCUACAGAGCAGGAUUUGCAGAUAUCAAGGUAACUUAAGGCAGCUCCUGGUACUUUAUUUCUUGUCUCAUCAGUCUAUCACUAUGGUAACUUAGGAUGAACUCCUAACCUGCUCUGGGAAAAGUGACUGAGCACACAGUUUUGGGUUUCUGUGAGGGAAAAGGGUAUGGGACAAUUUACCUUCAUGUUUAAUUUUACACAAAAAAAAUAAUAAUAAUGAGCGUUAUUAAUCACGUAAUGAUACAGACUGAGAAGAUGGUAUUCAUGUUUAUUAUCCUCAUUCUGCUCCCUUUGACGCAGUCCAGACUGCAGCUGUAACAUUACAUCUAAAACAGUUGCAUAUGCCACUAGAGUAAAUAAGAACAGCAGUUUCAUGGAGUCAACAAAGUUUGUUGUCCAGUUUUUAGCGAACUAAUGAUGGGAAAAUUUGAAGUCUUAAUUUGUGCAUUCACUCAGCGUCUUUUCUUUUCUCACAGUUCUUUCUCAACUAUCUGUUUAACUUCUCCAUGUUUCUCUAAUGUCAUACAAUGCUCUACGUUUGAAAACUAUGAUGAUCUCCUACAGAUUGAUGUUGAAUUUGUUUCAGAUUUUCUUGACCCUGUUUCAUGUUGAUUCUGACCUCCAGAAACAUGGCCAUUUCCGGCUCCUCCAUAGUCUGGAUCCCCUUCUCCACGAUCUUGCAGCUUUCCUCCAGGUGGUCUCCAUACUUCCUGGUCAGGCCCCUGAUAUAGUUCAACUUCUCUUCCUGUUCGGCUGUCACCUUCUGAUUCAUCUCCUUCUUCUUCUCUUCCAGGAUGGAGUACAGCUGGUCGAACUUCUCACACACCAGGUUCUUCUGCCUCCUGCCAUUUUCCUGUACAUGCAUGAGUGAUAAGCAGAAGGAAACACAUUAGAAAUUCUGAGAGUCCGGCUGUAUUAAUCUUUCAUUACGGCCCUUUGGGUGAAAAAUGUAUGUAGACGUAACUCUUGGGUAUCAGGGAGUUUAGAAUAUUCAAAAGCACAUAUCAUAUCAUAGAAAAUGAGAGGAAAGUUGUUCUUUUCUGUCUAAGAUUGUGUUAAUACUGCAAAUGUUCUUGUUAGUUUGUCCUCCGCUCUUCCGGUAGCACCAUAUGUGCAGGGAGGACACAAAAACCCGUUCUGCUUCUCUGUCCUGAAUGACGCCACUGAGGGGGAAACCAUCAGACCUGGAGCUGCUCCAGCUUCCUCUUUACAGUUUGAAUGUGACAUGAGAACCACAGGAAAGCUGUCUGCCCCCUCGCCAUCAGUUACUCUUCUAGUUUUUAAUGUUUCCAGGCAGGAGGCAGCAUGGAGAAACCUGCUAAGACCAUGAAGAAGAUCAUGCUCCUACAAUGUUGACAAGAGAGAGAAAAACAGCCUGAGGCAAAAAAGCAUUCAUUUUCCUUUUUCCUCCUCAGUGUCUGGAUCUCACAGACAGAUCAAAACAGAGAGAGUGGCAGCAACAAGGACACUGUGCAUUUGUAUGUUCAUCUUUUCAGGUGAGUACAGGUAAAUUUGUGUGAGUAAACAGCCAGAUGAUGUAGUAGCAGUGGGACACUGACCUCUAUGGUACGGCAGGCUUCUUCCAGCUGACUGAUAAUGCCCUGAAUCCUGUCGUUGUUGCCGACCAUCAUUGCGAUCCCGUCACUCAGCUCGGACUGUGUACAAGGACGUGUCAGAGUUAAUAUCUGAGACUAACUGUGAUUCAGGUCUGAGGAAAUAAAAAGUGAUUAUACAUGAAUCUGAGGGGAGAAUAUCCAUAUUUACAACAGAUUCCACUUUUCACUCUUUGACUUAGAUAUGUUUUAACUCAUAAUAUGUACUUUGUAGCAUUGCUUGAUAUUUACCACUGGUGUCGUUUUUUAAGACAAACUCUAAAUCCAACUGUAACAUCAAUACCUACAAUCAAAACACGUUGAAAAAAGCAACAUUUCAACAGUGUCCUGGCAAUAGAAUCAACAAUAGAAAUCGUAUUCAAGUCAGAGUUUACCAGGAACAUGGCUAGAUGAUGCAUCAUGAUUCUUUUGAUGAAAGGAGAUUUUUUUUGUGUUUGCAAUUAACUGACAGGACAGGUGUAGGUUGACAGGUAAUGUCAGGAAGAUCGACCAGGGAUGAUAUGAGCAAAGGCGUGAAAGAGAGGUGUUAAACCAAGGGAUGUUACACCCAGUAUUCACCCUUUACACAUAAGGAAAAGCUGCUUUAACUUACACAUUUCUUAUUACAAAAAUCUGUCAUUACAGAGUUUACAUGAAUGACAUUGAGUGAUCUCAUUUCAUAAAAACUAGGCUGACAGACAAAGACCAAAAACAUUAGGAUAACUGUGUGAAGUUUAACUUCAUAACAAAAACACAGCUUUAUAUUUGGAGCUUGAAUUCAAGUGUACUCAACUUUUACUUUAUUCUGUAAUAAUCUGCUGGUGGAAAAAAUAUGUUUAUUUCACUCAGAUAUAGUCAGUCCUAUACAACACGAUGGUGUGAUCAGGUCAGAAUGCAAGAAAAAUAAGUUCACCCAUUUUGGAUGUUGAUACACAGUCAUAAAUAAAAAAAAUGAUGUUAAGACUUCACACAUUUUGCGUGUCAAACAAAAAUGGAUCUAUCUGUCUCUCUAGCUAUCUAUUAUAAGUAUUGAUGACAACCAUGAGCAUUUGAGGCCUCACCUUCUUUGUCUGGAAGAUACUCGUGAUGGGUGCCACUUCACAGUCUUUGUGAGCCCCAAAAACCUUACACAUGGAACAUGUGGGCACGCCAUGGGUCACACAGUAAAUGUUGAUCUUCUCUUCCUCGUGAACAUCACACAUUGGUGUCUCUUCCUUCUUCUCGGGGGUGGGUUUGUUGCUGUUGAGGUGUUGUAAAAGAGAGCAGUAGAUUAUCCUGUCAUGACCGUACAUUUGAGUGCAUAUUGAUGUGACGUAUAAUGUCAGUUUGAUAAUGUCAGAGGUACACAUUUCACUUGUUUAUUGAUCACCUAUCAGUCCUGCCUGGACACACACAGGGACUGUCAGCACUUAAAUCAAUACCUUUAUACAUAAGAGUACACAGGUUCGCCAGCAGGUGCAUAUCUGUUUGUUUGACAUGUAUUUUUUGUAAUUACUCCCUUGUCCUUAUUCUUCUUUUUCCCUUAAAUUGUCAUCCACAAUAACUCCACAGUGCCCUGACUCACUGUAAAGUUGAAGCUGAGUGAAUGAAUACUGUUGAUCUAAUGUCAAACAAGCCUCUAGGGUGUAAUAGUCAACACCUCAAAAAAGACCCUUCAUUUAUAUAGAAGUGACUAAAACCAUAAACCCUCUCUGACUCAGAUGCAACAAGCAGUAAGGCCCCGACUGCAGUUCUUCCUGCUGCCUAUCUCCAAACAGACAGUGCAUCUGUCCAUCUGACUGGCCUCACCUGGUGGACUCCUGUUUGAACAUGUCAAUAAUAUUCUCCACCAGCAGGUUCCUCUGCAGCCCAUAGACGCCAUGUCUGUCCAGAACUACCUCAUGCCUACAGGAUGGGCAUCGGAAGCGGCCACCUGACGUCAAUGAGCCCCCCCUCGUUGGAAGAUAUGGAUUUGAGGCCUGUAAUCAAUAACAUUUAAAAAUUUGGAUUAAAUGGGAAAGAACAGGAAUUCCUAACAGCUGAACUUAUUGUGUCCAUUAAACUUGAUAGUUUGGCUUGACAGUCACUAAAUGUUAUUCCAAUUAAGAUCCAUUAUCCCCAGUGCAACCUUGUUAGCAGCGGGGUGGUCUGCUAUAACUCCCAAAUUGGGUCCUCAAAAACAAAACAAAACUUUUACUCUGAUGUAAAUAAUUUGUUAUAUUAACAAUGUUUGUAAAAACAGUCUUAAAAUGUAAUCAUAAGUUGAAAUAAAUAGCUUAUCUGUCUAUAGUUCUUAGUGUUAAAUGAGGGAACCUCAUGGAAGUAAUGCUAUACGUUCCUCAGCUUUCAGUGCAUGUAGGACAAGAUCAUAAAAACAUUCCCAGACAGAAAGCUUUUCAGGAGUUAUCAGUGUGUACAUGACAGCACUGUGUCCUUAAGUUGAUAAAAACUUGGCUCCUCACCAGUGGAAAAACAACCCACCGUCAUUUGUUCAGUUUCUUACCUGAAAAACAUCAUUGGCACAUUUCCUACAGAGGUUGUGCUGGCAGGGUAGAAUCACCACAGGCUUUGUAAACAUUUCCAGGCAUAUCGGACAAAUCAGCUGUUUCUCCAAGUUUUCCAUGCUGUUCAUUUUGAAGAAACCGACACACAAACUUGGUUAAAACACAAGCACUACACGAGAUUAAGGCCCCAAAGCUGGUAAACAGUCUGUUUCUAAAAGCAAUCUACAAUGUGAUCAAGUCAGGCUGAAGGGUAGGCCUGCUUGUCCUAGCGGGUGUGGGCUCCUAUCUUGCUGGUGUCAGUUCUGUUUUUAGCAGCUACUGCAGUCACGUCAAAGGUUGCCAUUUUUACCGUGCCCAUAUUUGAAACUGAGCAGGGCAGUACUGAACAGCUGCCCAUACAUCUUCCUCUACUCUGCUUGCAGAGAUGGCUUGGUGUCUUUGCAGUCUGCUCUUUAUUUUUUUUUUCUUUUCAAAGAAGUGUAGGCUUUGCAUGGCACUAAUGUUCAUUUACAGCAUACAUGUUAAGAUUUUAAGGAGUGAUUUUGAACAGCAACAGGCCUUGAUUGAGAUAGAAGCCCUAAUGAGACAAUUACAUUUUAUUUGCUGUUUUCCUGUGACAACAAGUUAGUUUUAGCUAAACAAUGACAGAUAACUUUAUCUGUCAAAAACUUUUACAAUAACUUUAUCUUAAAUGAAGCAAUGGUACAUGAAAAAAAGCUUAUUUAUUCUUGAGAUUAGUGGGAAAAUUAAUUUUAAGAAUUUGAAAUUCACAUUCAAAAUUUUAAAUUUUCUAUAAAGAUGUAGAAAACGAGCUUUGAUAUCUGAAAUGGGCUUGGCGUUUUGGGAGAACUCCAAAAUGAUGCAUCUCCAUUGAGGACAGUUUUUCUGCACAUCCUUGCUUUGUGUUGUUGUUAAAGUUAGAAAGUUAUAAAAGUUAGAAAAGAAUAAAAAUAAGUGGGUAUAUUUAUAAUUAAAAGAAUAGAAAAUCUGUGAACGUUUAUGACUGAGAAAUUCACAUACAAUAAAAUAAAUACAUGGUCAAAGGCAGUGUUGGGAAGUAACGCGUGAUUAGUAACGUAACGCCGUUACUUUAUUCAGCGCCAGAAGGGUAAGAUAAGUUUAUCCUCAUGCAGAUACUCACAUUAUUUUCAACUAGGGGGCAAAUGGAAAAACAACCUUUUGGUAACAUGUAAACUGUGUCUAUGGUAAAAAAAAAUCCUUCUUAUGGCGAACAACAGCAACCGCAAUCUACUGAAGCGCCUAGAGAUGCGGCAUGCUUCGACAAAGUUAGCAGCGAAGGUAACGCAGCAUCCAAGACCGAGAUUCACAGCAGCGACCACACACCCACGCCACCAAAGCAGCAGCGGUUGGUUUGAGUAACUGAGUUGCUUUUUUACAAAGUCACUAGUCAUUAUUUUUCAGGAACUAGCACAACGCUGGUCCAAGGUUAGGACUGACAUCGAACCUUAAGCUAACUUCGCUUAACGCUAGCUAGCAUUGUCCGAGAAGCAACCCGACGUAGUAUCAAGCCGAACUUUCAGGCAGUAACUUUAAACAUCAAAUGGACGAUUCAGAUGGGACCAAAAUAUAUUUCACACCACCAGCAAGCAAAAUAACUACAAGAAUAAUGCUAACGUAAUGCGUAUAAUGCUAAAAAAACGAGAAUGUAUCAUUAGUAACCUAUUAUUAUAAACUUGCUAAUGUUUACAGCAAGACCGGGGCUAGGUACAGCGAACUAGCUUACAUCUCUUACGAUUUCUGACCAAACCUUUAUAUGUUUAAGUCCUUAAUCCUAAAACUAUGUCAUACUAAGUGUUAAACACGUGUAAACAACAACCAGAGUGUUCAAAAGUACCUGUAUGUUGUUGAUGAAGUCCUGAAGAGGAAGACUAAAAAAAUGUCAGAAACGAAAAAAGGUAGCUUUGGAGAAUGCGGGCAUCGAUCCCGCUACCUCUCGCAUGCUAAGCGAGCGCUCUACCAUUUGAGCUAAUUCCCCUCGGUGUCACAAUGAUCAACGCUGAACAAUUUGAAUUUAGUUUGAAUUUAGCUUCGUCACUAUUUUUAUUCAAUUGACCUUUUGCUACAUGAACAGUGCCAUGCGGGCUGAGCUGAUAAGCGUUCUUUGUGUUAGCGAUAGCAUAUUUAAUCAAGCUAGCAUGUGGGCCAACUAGCGUCCCUGGACCUUCUUUGCAUCGGUAAAAUACUGUUUAACCUUCUAAAAACCCAGCCUUUUGUAAGAUUUUCUGCCUCAGCUGGUCUUUAGAAAGUUUUAAUGGCAGGUUACAUCAGCCUUUUGUUCAGUUAUGUAAGUUUGAGAUUCCGUCUUUGUUCAGCACGGCCGGAAUGUCCAACCCCUUCAAGCGAAGCGAACUAACAUCGUUCGAAACUGAUUGAUCCUAUUUUACGGUGAAUAUAGAAGCUAACAGUUUAUUUGUUAAAUUAAAACUGGCGCUUUCUGUAGUGUGAGCUCAUCGCCCUUCGAUAGCUCAGUUGGUAGAGCGGAGGACUGUAGAGGACAUACGGAUAUCCUUAGGUCGCUGGUUCGAAUCCGGCUCGAAGGAGUGACUUUUUAGUAAUAAUGCAUUGCAGCACCGGUUCAGAUGCCGAUGACAGAAAUUUGCUCAGGUAUAAAUGUGCAUGGACACCAUGUGCAAUGUGAAUUUAAGAGGUAGCAACAGUCACAAUAUAGACCUGUUUUGUGUGUAUAAAGCUCAGGUGUGGCUGACUACCAUGUGAUGCCAAAUUCUGCAAGGUAAAGACUUGUAAUUAUUCAGAAAGAAGUUUAAAUGUGGAAAUAUUUUUGGAAAAAGACACCGUUUACUUUCCAAGACUGCAAGCCUCAACCCCAAUCUAGGUGCUGUUGACUGGGGGACACAUCUGUAAGCAUCUUGAGUGCUCAGUUUUUGCGCUGCAUUUUAAAUUGCAAAAAGGUCACAUGUGCAUGCACUCCUCUCUCAAGGGAGUUUAAAGGUGAUGUUUAGCAUUAACUUUGGAUGCAGCCAGUGAUAGAGCAAAUAAUUAUCAUUUAUUUUAGUCUAAAAAUGUGCCGCAAACACUUUAAAAUGCGUGACUCAGAAACAAUAACUAGCAGUUGUGUGGAGGGCUGCUGCAACGACCACACUCUAAUGAGGUGUUUUUGUUUAAAUGACUAACAUUUCUGUUUUGUUUUUUAAAUUUGAACCAAGAAGUGAAGCAUCUGGUCUCUUUUACUGGAGUGCUUGACUUUAUCGACUAUUCAGAUUAAUCCAUAUUAAAACAUGCAGGAAAGAAGGUCUUCAGUUCUGACAUGACUCAUCAGAGGAUGCCUAAUCUAAGUUUUCAUCUUGGUUUUUAUGUCUGACUCAUACAACACAACAUCUGCAUUCCUUUCACUUGGUAACACACCAUACAAAGACUAUAUUUAUGGUCAGAGUCAAUGAGUCAUAUUUAAAUGUUUGUAGAUGUUAUUCUUGAAGAUGAAUGACUGUCAUUCUUCAGCUCCACCCUCUCUAACCUGUUUCUUGUUGUCUCUUUUGCUACAGAUGGAAACCAAAACAAAACAUUCAGUGACUACGCACCAAGUUAAAACCUGAAAGGUGAAAAGUACAAGAAAAACUAAAAAGAAGUAGCAUCAUUUUAUCCUGCUACGCAUUUGAUGUACAGUCGUCUGUGAUCUGCAAACCUGGAAAGAUGUUACUCCGCAGAUUCAAGACCAUUUUGAAUUUUAAAUUCAUGUAAAUAGCUUUCACCCAGUUCACCAUUUCUAUUGACAUCAUUUUCAUGUCAUCUGCUGCAACUGAUGUUUAGUGCUUACUGUGUGAUGCGGUGGGCGCACCACUCUUUCCAGUAUUAAUUAGUCAUCCUUAAAAAGGAUGAAUUAGUACGAUUACAUAUUCAUUAACCAAAAGAAAGGACGGCUCAAAUGCUUACUGUGAAGCCACUCAAGAGUGAAUUUAAAUGAGAUCAAUUAAGAGGAUGUUUGAGUUACAUCCUAAUGAUUGAAGUGAAUCCAUAAUUUUGAAGCCAUUAAUGUCUGACUCUUGAUAUUGCAGGGCUCGUUGGUAAAAUCUAGGUUGAAGAUUGUCAAUUUAAAAGCACUAUGAAGAUGGACGGAUGUUAGAAGGCCAAUUUGAAUGCCAGACGGACGCAGCUGUGAGUUUUCAGACUUGGCGCAGCCAGUUUAAAAAGCUCAGUGUGACCCUUCUUUUCCUCUAUUUUACUCGGUGGUGGUACAUGGUGUUAUGUUUAUAAAAAGAUUUGAUUAUAAAAGGGUCUGCAGGUGCUGCGAAAGCCACCAAAUACACACCAGGAUGUGGCUGACACAUUCUACACACGGAUAGCUACACACAUAAAGGUCUUCAAGCUCGUAAGCAAGAUAUACGUGUACAUGGGACCAGAAUAGAGGGCAGAGCAGGGGGUGCCAUCUGUUCUCCUGUAUGAAUAUUUCAGUUGGGUUUAAGACAUACUGUAUUCCUGCAGAUGGUAAGUGUGAUUGAAAAUGUCCUGGUAAGCAUUCUCAGAUGAGGUUGCCUAUUUCUGCAUAUCU